CGUAACAACCGGACCUUGAGAUUCCAGCUGCGUGCGAGCGAGCGUGCUCAGUCGUCUGCGAAGAAAGAGAGGUAUAUAGUGACUCCCCCCACCACCUCCGUCUCGCCCGAACACGCGCACAGGCGGGAGAACAACACCUGACGUCAAGCGCUACGCAGUACCGUGCACGAGCGCGUCUCAGAGAGUAAGAUAUACAGAAAAGACACGUCAGCGUAAGGCGAAGAACAAAGAGAAGGAGUUAACAUACGUUGUGUACGGCGAAGCUACAGAGAAGGAGAUACUAUACGUUAGUGUAAGAAGAAGACGGUACAAAAAGAGGUAACCAUACGUUAGUGUAAGAAGAAAACUACACAAAGAAGUAACCAUACGUUAGUGUAAGAAGAGGAUACAAAGAAGGCGUAUCCAUACGUAAGUGUGAAACAGCUACAGAGAGGAGUACCCAUACGCGAGCGUAAGAAGGAAGCUACAGAGAGCAAACGUACAAACAUCUUGAAGACCGUCCUCUGCGAUCGCCACGAUGACGUCGCAUCGCAGCGUCCUCCUCGCGUUAUCUCUCGUCUGCCUGCUGCCGACGUUGCCGUCCGCUCACGCUGGCGGCUCCAUGUUCUGUCCUAACGACUACUACAUGGACGUCGUCGGGUGGGGCUGCAUCGAAUGCAGUCCGUGUCCGCGUGGCAGCAGCAUGCUACGGCGGUGCGGUGCCUACGGCGACACCCAGUGCCUGAUCACCCAGCGCCCAGGCGAUGAUGACGAUGGUAGGUACGCGAGCGAUGUCUCGAUGUUCGGCGACAUGAUGGGCGGCGGCGGCGGCGGCGGUGACGUUGACGAUGGUAGGUACGCAAGCGUCGACUCCAUGUUCGACAACAUGAUGGGCGGCGGCGGCGGCGGUAACGUUGACGAUGGCCGCUACGGGAGCGUCGACUCCAUGUUCAACUCCAUGAUGAACGAAGGCUUUCCGCCGGACAUGUUCGGCGCCAUGGUAACCGGCGACGCUCAACCACCGCUCGACAUCGCCGCCAUGUUGUCUCCCGCGGUGGCAACGGGCGGCGACGACGGCGGGUAUGACGUCAGCUACUCGAUGUCGGAGGGCAUGCAACAACAAGAUGGCGGAAAACCCGUCGUCAAGAUGGAAUACUCGGUCGUCGACGGCAUGACGGGCAAGAGAGUCGGCUGGGAGUACGACUCGAGAACAAAUGGCGCUGCUGCUGCUGCUAGUAGCGAGACGACGGCGACGACGGACAUCCUGCCGACGACGGCGACGACGGACAUCCUGCCACCUAGCGAGCAUAACACGUACGAACCGGCCGCCACCCACGAACCGACGGAAACGGAUGCAUACGAACCUACGGGAACUGAAACAUUCGAAGCUACGGCAGCGGAGAGGCAAGACUACACGGCCCCUGACGUCGGAGAAGCAUCCGAGAAUCUGCUCAUCGGAGAAUUCGUUAGAGAGAACGAAUCCGACUACGGCAUCCUGCCGCCCAAGCAGACGACGACACCGCAUCCCCCAUGGAUGGAUGGCGUAAUUGAUAGCGACGACGACGAGCUGCUUCAGCCUCUGGUCUUCGACGAGCUGACGGCGGAGACGGUGGCGCCGCCUCCCGGCGCGCUGAACAGCGGCGACGCGGGACUGCAGCAGCAGGAGGACGUCGUGUACGAGGAGAUGCGGGAGUACGACUACCGGAUGCUGUCGGCGCGACACCCGGCCUUCGUCGCCUUCCUCGCCAUGGGUGCUAUCUCCCUCAUCGUCAUCACGCUCGUCUGCUGCUACUGCCGACCGCGCAAGACCGUCGACGACGCAGCGUCGGACGUGGCGCCAUCUAGCAUCUACACGAUCUCGAGCAUGCUGCAGACGGACUCGCAGAAGAAACUCGCCAACAUGGACGCCGUCGUCGAGAGCAGACGACCGCAGUUCCACUUCCAGAACGUCGAUCUACUGGACGAGAAGCGAUUCUCCGACGCAUAGGCGUGACGUCAUCGCUACGCCGUGACGUCAUGGAUGAGAUUAAUUAUUGAUUCGUUAUUAAUUGGUAAUCGAUUGUACGCGAAUCGACCUAUCCGUCUGGACGUAAAUUGACGAGCGAAUCUAUCGGCCAAUCAGCGUUGCGAUAGGCGCGUUCUAAAAACACUGUUCAGCAACAAAGUCUCCAAUUUCUCGCGUGAAAAACGCAUAUAAGCUACUCUAGUUUGACCGACCUAGCAAUAAUAUCCAAGAGAGAUGGGCGCGGUCAUUUCGUCCAGGCGGAUAGGUAGAUUCUGGGAUGAAAAGGUGCGAAAUCGGAUGUUUGUUAAGCUUGUAUGGAUAGAAAUCGUAGGGCGUGUGUGUGUGGGCGCGCACGUGCGUGCGUGCGUGUGCGUGUGUGUGUGUGUGCGCGUACAUGCGUACGUGCGUGUGUGUGUGCGUGUGUGUACAAGUUACAAGUGUACAAAGUUAUGCAGAUACACGCGCUACGACUUUUAUGUGAAUGUACAUCUUUCCAGAGUAAAGCUCUGUAAGGAAGGAGAGAGAGACAGAAACACAGUUUAUUUUUUCAUCGCAAAAACAAUCUCUUUAAGAACCUUUUAUUUUUUUUAGUUAAAACGUAGAUAAGCGGGAAUCUCUGUUCUCGGGUCGUGGGAAAACCCGAAACGAUCCCGGGUUUCCGAGGUGCGAUUGAGACGUUGCUAUCGAUGUCACUAAGGCACGUAUAUCGAUAUAAUUAUAAUCAUCGAUGUAUUCAAGAUCACAUCAGGAGUCUAUCACUAUUGAUAGACUCAAGAUCACAUCGAUAUAUCGCUGUAGCGCCGUGUUGCCACGGGUCUGACACCUAUACGUGACUACGUUAGGAGAUGCGGUGUUAUGGUGUAGAUGCAGAUUAGAUACAAUAAUGUAACCCAACGAGAGUAGGGUAGGGCAAGGAGCUAAAUAUAACAAGGAGAGGAGGUGUGCU